AUUAAAGAGGCUGCGGAGACUGGGGCGGCGGUAGAGGCCGCCGGUCGCGGCGAUCACCUCUUAACUUUUCUGUUGGGUCGCAGAACCGCCACCAUGUCCCUGGCAGCCUCGGCGGGCCGGGGCCCCGGGGCCGUGUGGUCCCCGACGCAUGUGCAGGUGACGGUACUGCAGGCGCGGGGCUUGAGGGCCAAGGGUCCCGGGGGCACGAGCGACGCGUACGCGGUGAUCCAGGUGGGCAAGGAGAAGUACGCCACUUCGGUGUCGGAGCGCAGCCUGGGCGCGCCCGUUUGGCGCGAAGAGGCCACCUUCGAGCUGCCGCCGCUGCUGUCGGCCGAGGCCGCGCCCGCCGCCGCCGUCACCCUGCAGCUCACCGUGCUGCACCGCGCCCUGCUCGGCCUCGACAAGUUCCUGGGCCGCGCCGAGGUGGACCUGCGGGGGCUGCACCAGAAUCAGGGCCGCCGGAGGACCCAGUGGUACACCUUGAAAUCCAAACCGGGGAAGAAGGAUAAAGAGCGAGGAGAAAUUGAGGUUGACAUCCAGUUUAUGAGAAACAACAUGACUGCGAGCAUGUUUGACCUUUCCAUGAAAGACAAGUCUCGGAACCCGUUUGGGAAACUGAAGGACAAGAUCAAGGGCAAGAAUAAGGACAGCGCGUCCGAUACGGUGUCAGCCAUCGUCCCCCACGUGACGCCCUCGGCUGACAGCGAUGACGAGUCUCCUUCCAAAGACAAGAAGAAGAAGUCAAAGAUCAAGACCUUGUUUUCCAAGUCCAACCUGCAGAGAACGCCUCUUUCCCAGUCCAUGUCCGUCCUGCCGACCUCAAAGUCAGACAAAGUGAUGCUUCGUCCUGGAGACUUCGAGUCCCGGUGGGAGGACGAUGACGAGGAUGAGUCCUCCUCUGCCUCGGAUGUCUUGUCUCACAAGAGGACAGCAAGCGCAGAUCCUAAGCAGCUGAACCAGGUCAACUUCAGUCUCCCCAAGAAGGAAGGCCUCUCCUUCCUGGGCGGCCUCCGGUCUAAGAACGAUGUCCUCUCCCGCUCGAACGUCUGUAUCAAUGGGAACCACGUCUACGUGGAGCCACCCGAGGCCAAGACCGAGACCAAGGACAGCUCCCCGUCCCCCUCUCCAUCCCCACAAGACCUCAGGAAGAAGCGCUGGUUCUCAUCUACAGAAAACCUGGCCUCUCGGCCUUGGAGGGAGCCUGGGGAAGCAGGCGCAGUGCCUUCCGAGUCUUCCACAAAGGACACCCUCAAGUCUAUGUCCCUGCCGUCCUACCAGCCGCAGGUCAGCAGGGACCUUCGGGAGAACACGGCCCCGGCGACCUUGGAGGCUGCAAAGGAAACCAAAGAGAGCAAGAAACAGGAGAACAAGAAGCCAGCUCUGCCCUUCCUGGUGCCGGGAAAGAAGGACACGGCCAAGGGCAGCGAGGGCGAAAGCCCUCCUGCUGCCGCCUGGGGGAAGGAGAGGGAGGAAGCGCCUGCUGCCCUCAGGGCCGGGGAGCACCAGCCGGGGCCUGUCGACGACCUUGUGAAGAAAUCGAACAAAGAGGUUGCGCCUGUUGUCGCUGGACUGGGCCGAGCACUGAACCCCUUUGAAGACGAGCAACUCCCAGAACCAGAAGCUGACCCAGAGCCCAAGGCUGCGCCUGUCCCACCUGUUUUCUCGCCCAGGGCUCCCCAGACCAGAGCCGUGAAACCCCGGCCGGAAGUGUCUCCAGAGGCUCGGCCCGCACCCAGGCCCCCUCCUUCCACUAACUCUCCCCUCUUUCUUUCCACUCUCGCUUCCAGCUCUGGGCAGAUACCUGUCUCUUCUAAAACGGGGCAUGACUCAGAGACACCAUCCUCUGAGUCCCCUUCAGGCUCCUCCUCUAUCUCCUCUCCCAUAGCGGCCCCCAUCUCCACAUCCACCCCAAUUAAGAACUGGCCCUCUGCAGACCCGGGCCAAGCCAGCUCUGAAGAACCACCUUCGCUCCUGGAACUAGAGUUGGAAAAGGAGACUCAGACCCGAGUUCCAAAUAUUGAUCUCCACGCUGUGGGCUUGCUUUCCAAGCAGACACCCGUUCCGGUGACUGGAGGGAGGGAAGACUAUUCACCAGAGAAGACCAGUACUAACGACCUGGCACAGUCUCUUCAGACACAGCCUGAAGAGGGACAAGAAGGAGGGCUUCUGGGGUCUCCCUGGCAAGAACAACAAAGUGAUAUCGCUUCAAAGGACGAGGCCCGAGAAGUAGCAUCUGCCCUUGCGCCCGGGAGAGGCAGGAGGGGCAGCCCCGCUGGAAAGCCCCCAAGCAGGGAGGACCCAGACUCUGCGAAGGACGCGGGUGGGGGUGGCAGGCUGAGUCCUGCAGUUAAAGAAAUGGCGCCCCGCCUCCACACGGGGGAGUCGGCCCCCACACCCGACUCCGUGACGACGCAGGGACAUGAAGAGAUGGGUCCGGAUGCCCGUGAUGGCGGAAAGGAUACCAAGAAGCAGGCGCUGUUUUCCAAGAAGCUCUCCACAGAAGAGGCUGGGGAGGUGGCCCCCAGGCUGGUUCAUGGGGACAGAGGGGUCCCACAGGAGCCAAUGCCACCAGGGGCCGCUCCCAGAAACGCGAUGGCCACGGGAGACUCCCAGGAGGGGGCGGCUGUGACCAGACCGCGGCCCGCGGCCCUGGCGACUCACACUCCCUGCCCCUCCUCCAAGGGGAGCUUCUCAGGGGGUCCCCAGCCGACGAUCGGCUCAGGGAGGGCUGGUCCCCUCUUCAGGAGUCAGGGAGACGACACCCGGAUGGCAUGGAACCAGAGCAAAGCCAGUGACCAUGAAGGUCUGCUGUCCGACCCGCUGCGGGGCCUCCAGGCCCCCUGCGAGGCCAAGCCCCCAGGCGUGGCCCAUCUGGACCUGACCCUGCCCUCCAUCCCUGAGGUCGAGUCGGAGGACGAGAGAGGCGAUCAGCCUGAAGGUGGCGGAGGGGCGGCCCUGGUGGCAGGCUGGGGAAGAGGGGCUCUGUCCUCCAGCACGGGGCCUGUCCAGCUUGAGGGGGAGAGGGUGCCCAGUGAGGAGGCUGGCGGGUCAGCAGCAGGAAGCUUGCAUGACCCCACGCCCGGAGCAACCGCCCCGGCUUCUGCAGAACACACCCCAGGACCUGGCAGCGAUGGCGGGAAGGCAGGACCAGCCGGAGAUGGGAGCCCGCCUCGGCCUCUAGCCGCUGCCCUGGGGUCCCCUGUGUCCAGCUCCCCCACCCCUCCCCCGCUUCCUGCCACACGCUCCUUUCCCCCCUCUGCACACUCUGACACCCCCCACACCAAUACAGCAGAAUCUCAAAAAAAAGUAACAGCCGAGGGCUCCGCGGGUAACGUGGAAAAUCCCGGCAAGAGGAAGCCGCUUCUUCAGGCCCGGGUCUCCCCCUCAGAGACACAGCCGAGCGCUGGAAGCAGGCCGGCCAAGCACAGACUUCAUCCCGUGAAGCCGAUGAACACGACAGCCCCCAAGGUUGCUAACUCCACCUCGGGAACUACCACGAUCGUGAGUGAGAACUUGAUCAACGAAGCCGGGAUGAAGAAAUACAAGCCCUCGGACCCCGCAUUUGCCUACGCGCAGCUGACCCACGACGAGCUCAUUCAGCUGGUCCUCAAACAGAAGGAAACGAUCAGCAAGAAGGAAUGUCAGGUGCGCCAACUGGAAGACUACAUCGACAACCUGCUGGUCAGGGUCAUGGAGGAGACGCCAAACAUCCUCCGGGUUCCCUCCCAGGUCGGCAAAAAAGCAGGAAAGAUGUGAUCCGCCGGCCUCCAGCAUCGAGACUCUGCCGUGGGUCUGUCUCCACCAGCUCCUGAGGCCGAGGACUCGCUGUGCCCAAGAGCCGGGCACAGUUUGCCAUCUUCCUUCCAGGUUAUCUGGCAGGAGUCCCUCCCACCCAUGGAAGCCAGGUCAAUGACUACAACGGAUCUUUUCACUGUCCAUUCCCAGGGUUUUAUUUUUAAAUGCCACUGUGCCUUUAACCACAUUGUAAAUAUUUUAUGGCCUGACCGGAGACAUGGUCAUAAGAUCUGAUCCUGGCCUGGAGGUUCAGAUGGCACUGGGGGGUAUUAAUUAAUGUAUUUUAAACAUUGGGGUUUUCUUUCUUUGAAUUUGAGAUUUUUAAAGUACGUCUCCCCCUGGUCUUUAAAGCUUCAGGUGAGAUAACAAGGACCAGGCGAUCGGGGCUGUGUUGCACAUACCUUCUUGGCAUUUGAAUAACUCAGGCGUGGCAUUUUGGCUGCAGAUGCUAAAUUUUUGAUACCAUGUAAACCUACUUGACUCCUCGGACUUGGUCUUUUGUUUCGACUGGAGCAGAGGAGUGUCGAGUGUGCCUUUGAGAUUUAUGACAAGCCGCCUUUUCCAGACAUCGGCCUCUACACCGCAGUAGCCUUUAAAAGAUGCUCUUUCUCAAUGGAGAGGGCCUGUCUAUGGAGGGAAGCAGACCAGGGGACUUAGAGUCACUUUGCACUCAAGGGAAUUGGUCAAAACCCUUCCUCUGGUGAUCGCAGGAUCCCUGUGACUGGAGUGGCCAAGGCAGCGCCUUGAUUAGCAUCAAGUGCCCCAGGCGCUUGCUAAAAUGGUUCUACCAGGCUUGGAGCCAUGGCAGGGGGUCCCUUGGCCCUCUCCUCCCAUGCCUUCGCUUGGCUCCCUGGUUUCCUUGGCAGCUCUUCCUGGCAUUUUCCCCCCUUUGUAUAACAUUGUGAAGAGCAAGAUGAUAUCUAUUUUUAGAUGGCUGUGUUUUUAAAACUAGAUUAACACACUUUUUUUUUUUUUUUAAACUAGGACCCCUUUUUAACUAAUAUCACCAGUUCAGAUUCUUUGGGGCUUCCCUGGUGGUUCAGCAGUAAAGAAUCCUGCCAAUGCAGGAGAUGGGGGUUCAAUCCCUGGGUUGGGAAGAUCCCCUGGAGAAGGAAAUGGCAGCCCACUCCAGUGUUCUUGCCUAGAGAAUCCCAUGUACAGAGGAGCCUGAUGAGCUACAGUCCAUGGGGUCGCAAAGAGUCGGACAUGACUUAGCAACUAAACAACUCAGACUCUUCAGGUAAUUUCAUUGUUAGUAACCCGAUAUGAGAAUGUUUUCUAUAUUACUCAUUUUUUGUUGUUGUUCCAGUUGAGACAGAAUCUCAUCAAAUCCCGACAUCUCUCCUAGGGAGAGAAUGUCAUAGGCCAAGGGUGUGGGUAGGGCUUGAGGAGAGAGCAGUUAUAAACACAGAUCUCUCUGUGUUCAUUCUUGUUGUGUUGAAGUUAAGAGGCAAGAUGACUGGCAGUGGGAUUCCUCCUCAGGAUCACGUCUGCUGCCACAUUAGUUAAUAUCAGAGCACUUUAAUCUGAAGGAUGAUACUGUAACUUGAUUGAACUAAUUCACUUUUAAUUAUCGAUAGCUGUUUUAUUUAAUAUCCUCCUACAUACUGGGGACCACUGUAAACCUCUCAGACGACUCGUAUUUUUGUAGCGCUACGAGAUUUAUUUACAUCCCUAUAAAGAGAACUGGAUGUUCGCUUGAACUCUGGAGAUACAUGUGUAUAUAUUUGAUAUGCAAUGUUUUGUACUUGAUGUCAGUGUACUUGGACUGUGAUUACCCCUGUGUACUGGGUGGCAGGGGCACUGAGUGGUUUCUCCUGAGAAGAGCUCACGUGGAGACCCGAGUUCUUCCCGAAAGCUUUUCGUUGUGGGAGAUCUGCUGCUAGGACCUCGGGGAUGGGUCCCGGUCCGUGUUUAAGAGAGCGAAUUCCUCUGCUCUGAGAUGCCACUCAAGAACUCUGGAGAAUGAAGGACAAUCAACUUCAAGAGUGUCUGGUUUCUACCAACUGCUGGAACAAAAUUCCAUGGGUAGCAUUCCUGCGCCUCUCAAGGAUGCCGGUUAACACCUGUCCUUGAGGGCUCUACUGUGAGGGAGAACUCAGUUGGGAAAGCUGGAGUCAGCUCUGAGCUGUUCACAGGGGCAGGUGGACUGGAGGGCUGGAGCUCCUGCAGCCAGUAUGGGUCUGAGGGCUUACACCCAGCUGUCUGCACCAGGAGAGUCUGGUUUAGCCUCUGGCUGCUGAGAAUGCUCACUGAACUGAUGGGUCCUUGGAGGAGGCCAUGCCCUGCAGAAGCAGGAGCAGCUCUUUCUUGGCCGUGCCUGGCUGCCCACCCCCUACCCCCAGAAGACCAGUCAGUACUUCAGGGAAGCAUCUAGUGAAAUACCAAACACCUUGUGAUGAACUUCCACUGGAGGUCAGCAUCUGGGAAAAAAAAGUCAAUCCUUUGCCCAGUUGUUUCAUAUCAUCUCUGUCGUUGGGCUUUGACAGAUGUCCUGCCCACCCCUUUUAUUUCCUGUGGGUCAGCUUCCCCAGGUAGCGGGAUGGAAGAACAAGAAAGUCUGCCCUUCGCCACACUAACAGCCAUUGACCCAGAGUGGAGGGUGUGUGGGCAGUGACUGGCACACGUGUGUGGUUUCCAGCUCAGCUGACAGUGGGGGCUCAGAAGGGCACGGAGUGGGGAGGGUCCAUGACCCUUAGCCACCUGCCAGACUGAAGGCCAGAGGCAACUUGUAAAAUUAGGCGCGAUCUUCACUCCUCAUGCCCUUUCUCUUUUAGACCCAUUCACUGGUGAAUGGUCCCUCAAGGCUGAAGGAUCUGUUGCCGUUGGGGGGCGGGCAGAGAGCUUACCCUCUAGUUUCUACACCAAUCUCAACCCUGUGGUUUUCUCAGUAUCUAUUGUGUGAGCUACUGACAUGACCUCUUCCUCCCUCUGAUUGAAAGCUCACCCAGCAUUUCUGGAUUAUAGAAUUCUUAUCUCCUGCCUUGUUAUUUUGGGAAUUUUGAAUUUCUUUGCUUUUGUUUUUGAGAAGUAACCUAAAAACUUCCUACAACACUAAAUAAAAUGGUACUGGUACUACCUUUCAAA